AUGGUUAUUGAUUUGAGGGCACAAAUGAGUAAGUUCUUAUUUGGAAUAUCCGAUUUGGUAAAGACCGAUUGUAGGAAUGCUAUGCUGUUAGGGGAUAUUGAUAUCUAUAGAUACAUGACUCAUGCUCAUCAAGUUGAGGGAGAAACGCUUAGGGAAAUGGCUAAGGACAACAAGAAGGCUAGAACAGGAAAUUAUGAAUACUCUCAUCAAAGGCAGGGUAACCGUACUUUUCCAACCGUCCCAAAGUAUGGUAAGAACAAUCCAAGUGAGUGUUUUGCUGGAAAAGAAGGGUGUUUUGGAUGUGGUCAGUUUGGUCAUAGGAUGAAGGAUAGCCAUUCUGACAUGCAAGGACAAGGAGGUAACAAAGCUCAGUCUACUACUUCAGCAGCUCCACCGGGUCACCCUACUCAGCAGGGUGCCUCGUCCAGUAUAAAUGGUGGUCAGCGCUAG